GUGAAGCGUGCGAAAAUGGCGCCACCACCACCGAUUCAUAUCGAGAACGUCGAAUUCCCUUCACCUCCAUCUUCGUCUCAAAUUCAAUUUCCAUUUCCAUUUCCAUUUCAAUUUCUCAAAAUAUCGAAACUCGAAAAAUCCUAAACCGACAACAAUGUGGAAGUGGUUUCAGAAAGAGGCGGAAGUACCACCGCCGGUGGUUCUAGUUCCGCCGCUUUUCGAUUUCCCUCCCCUCGCCGCACGUGACCGAAUGCUUGAAUCAUCUUACGACGUCGUUUUCGGGAAGCUCGCGUUGAGGUGUCUCUUCAAUGAUUACUUUCAGCAACCGAAGCAUUUCCUCACUAGAAUCAUGCUUAAGCCAAUCGACGAUCCUCACGUCGAUAUCAUCGCUACAGUUUCAGGUCCUCUUGAUCAAAAGCCUGAAGAAAACAUCAAUGGAAAUGCUUCGUUUCGCUGGCAAAGUGACGUAAAUGAUCCUCAUACAUUCAUGGACCUUUAUGUAUCGACAACUGAUCCGGUUUUGCGGAUGAGGUCGUGUGCUUACUAUCCCAGAUAUGGAUUUGGGGCCUUCGGAGUGUUCCCUUUGCUAUUGAAGAAAAGAGAAACGUCCCAAGAUUAUGGCCUGAUGGGAUUGAGAUACGGUUCGGGAAAUCUAUCAUGUGGAGUUACACUUAUGCCUUUUGCCAUGAAAGAUGAAGUACCAAAAAGUGCAUGGUUGGUGAGCAAGAUAGGAAGGGUAACAGCCGGGGUGCAGUUUGAGCCACACCAUGCAAAUGCCAAACUUUCAAAUUUGAUGAACUGGAGCUGUGCCAUGGGUUACGGCGUGGGAUCUGGCAGCCCUCUGAGCCCGUCUUUCAAUUUCAGUCUUGAGCUUGUCAAAAGCUCCCAGUUUGUUGCCUCAUUUUAUCAGCAUAUGGUUGUUCAAAGACGGGUGAAGAACCCCCUCGAAGAGAAUUCUGUUGUUGGAAUUACAAACUACAUUGACUUUGGGUUUGAGUUACAAACAAGUGUUGAUGACGCGAUAGCAGCAAACAGUAUCUCAGACUCCACUUUUCAAAUAGGUGCUUCCUGGCAAGCCAAUAAGAACUUCUUGCUAAAGGCAAAAGUUGGACCUAAAAGCUCAACAAUGGCUGUUGCAUUCAAGUCAUGGUGGAAACCUUCUUUCACAUUUAACAUUUCAGCCACCAGAGAUCGUGCAGACGGUCAAUUGCAAUAUGGAUUUGGCCUCCAAAGUGAAAGUCUCAGAGAAGCCAGUUAUCAAAGAGCUGAUCCCAAUUUCGUAAUGCUCACCCCAAGCAAAGAACACCUAGCCGAGGGCAUUGUUUGGCAAACAGGAAAACGACCUAUGCUCCAAUCUGACAUAGAUGCUGGACAUUUCGAUGGCUUACCCAGAGAAUUGAGACCUCUUGACAAAAUUUUGUAACUUUUUAUAGCUUUAUAUUUAUGUUGAUAGAUGAAAAUGUUUUCAGAAGAAUGUACGCCAUGUUUAGUUGCACAUUUGGUGUAUGUAUUGAUACGCACGUCUGCAGCAAUACCUAGACAAAUUUGCCUUAAUUUCUAGAAGCUGCAAGAGGGAGCUUUUGCACUUAGUAACUCUAGUUUACAGCAUUUGGUCGGUAAUUUUUGCUAGCAUGAGUUCAUAGGCUUAUAGUAUUUUAAGUGUAAAGUACUCGUCGAUUUCACGACUAGUUUUCACUAUGAAAUCUGACCAGUAACAUUCAGAAGAAUCUCUUUUUU